GUUUCUCUCACCUGUUUCUAAUUAGCUUACUACCUAGGUAGGUAAAUUAAAAUAGGCUGGAAAGUACACCUUAGAUGAGCAAAUAAGCUAAGGCUCAGUGGGGUCAAUCCACACUGUGGCGCAAGACUGGCCCCACACCACCAAUUAACUUGCAAGGGCUGGCCAGAAUGGAUCCUCCAGCAAGCCAGCCCGAUGUCAAGAAUGAAGUGGACGGGCAGGCCGAUUUUUUCGACGAGGAAGAGUCUGAGGACGAUGAUGCAGGGCCUUGACGACGGCAUUAUCGACGUGGAACCCGAGUACCAGAGAGAUGUGGUGUGGACAGCCGACCGUAUGACGGGCCUCAUCGAUUCGCUAAUGGAAAACUAUUACAUUCCACCUAUCAUUCUCAACAAGAAGACGCGAAUCGCUGAGGAUGGCGUCGCGCCGAAGCACACGCUCAUCUGCGUUGAUGGAAAACAGCGCCUGUCCUCCGUGAAAGCGUUCAUAAAGGGUAUGAUACCCUGCCACGACCAUCUCGGUGCGAAAUGGUGGUUCUGCGACGGCCAAAACAGUCGGCGAAAGAAGGUUCUAUCCGAGGAAACGCAGAAGCAGUUCCUCCAGAGGGAAUUUGUCUCCUUCGAAUAUGCGGAUCUUUCCGAGGUGCAGGAGGAGGAUCUCUUCGCUAGGGUACAAAUGGGCAUGCAGCUCACCCUACCGGAGAAGAUGCGCGCGUCGACCGGACCAUGGCAGGAGCUUGCACGCCUCUUCGUCAACGACUUCGGGGUCAUCUUUUCGUUGCUGAAGGAUCGCGCCCGUGCCAAGGACUUUCAAAUCGCGCUGUCAUGCUUCAGCCAGAUCGUGGAGGUGCAACAUCCUAGCGCCCCCAACGGAGUUCCAACGUUAAAGACCACCUACACAUCGCUGCCGAAGUUGUUGGAAAACAAGGGUGCCGUAGACGACGGAAUGAAGUCUCAUCUAGCAAGCGUCUUCAACACUUUCAAGGAUCUCAUCGAAGAGGACCCGAACACGUUCACUAAUGCCGACAAGACGCUCAAAGGCGUCCAGACUUUCGCACCGAUUGAGAUGGUCGCGGUCACUGUCCUGAUAUCCAUGUAUUCAGAUACGCGAAACAACAGGCUGCUGCUUGGUGACAUCCAGGCGCUGCGGAGCGCGCUCCGCGAGAAUUUUCACGACAUUCGCAUGAAUAGAACGAUAUGGAGAUUCAUCUGGGACUUCAUCGAUAAAUUAGAGCAGAUUCGAGGCGCUGUGGACGGAAGCACGAUUAACCGCAGUGUGAAGGCUAGGCCUGCUCCUACGCCAGGUGCCCCUACACCUAUCCAGCAAGCUGCAGUCGCGGCGGUUCCGACGGUUGCAAGGAGAGGGAGACCCACGGCGAGAACAAAGCCGGCAACAGUGUUGCCAGGAAGCAGGCCAGCGCCCUCGGCGACUAUGCAGACCGAGGACCAGCCAGCGACUUCUCCAGUCGACCCUCGUCCACCCAAGCGAAAACGUACUAAUCCAGGCUCCAUUUCUACAAGUACUCUCGGUGCCGCUACACCCUCGCCGUUCCUUGCGAGCGCACAAGCUUUUGCGGGCGGUAUAACGCCAUCAGGCAGUCUGCAAACACCAAGACCUCCGUUUAUCAACCAAGUGCCGAUGUCAUCUCGCUCUGCGAUCCACAAACAACCGACUACAACGCCGUCCCAUGCGAAUCAAAGGCCCCAGAAGGCGCUGACCUCAAUUGCUGGUCUUCCAGUGUCAUUACCUACUCGGAAUACGCCUCCUCAGAGGCUUGGAGACGCUACUGUGCCACCCGCUACAGCUCCUAUUCGAGAAUCGACUCGUGGGCCGCUCGCCACGCCGCCAGAAGCACGUCAGAACCGUAUUUCGGAGCUAAACAGCUAUCGUGUGCCUCCUGCCCCAAUGGGAACCAUGGCUCCCUCCACCGCGCCCAUGAGCCAGUCUGUGUCUACAGCGCCAAUGACCUCUUACUCGAUGGUGGGCAGUUUUGUCGGAGCUCCUUGGGCGCUUCCAUCCCACACUCCUCCACCACAGCAGGCAGGCCUACCGAUCUCCUCUUCGAGAUCGCGCUUCGCCGGUCCCAUAAGAGCGCCUGAACAGCCUCAGGAGGUUCUGCGGAAUGUGUCCCAGUCCCCAGUGCAACCGAAAGCGUCUGUUCCAGCUCAACCAGCGCAGAAACCCCGCCCUCAGGCUUCUUCCCGCCCACUCCCGCAGUACGACGGAGCUAUUGAUCUCAUGGAGGAUGACGUCGAGCAGGAGAGGCGGGAUCUACUGUCAUCGUUCGGGGCUACGGCUUCUGCAGAGCAUCGGCUGCGUCACAUCUCUCGGCAGUCUACCGGCAGUACUCAACCUCACAACCUAUCUGCGCCAACUCAACAGCAACGUCCAAUAGUCGUCGAAGAUCUGACGGCUGGUGAACCUGAAGGGUACAAUAAUCCGUACCAGAGACUGAAGCAAAGGAUGGAGCAGAUGGCUUCUCGGUUCUAGCUCUGGACUACUAUCACAUUUCCUAUUCUUUCGGGGCGGUUUUGGGCAAAUCAUAUCGGGUAUGGACUAAUGAUGACUUACGAUUUUAUUGAAUAUCUCGGCAUUCCUUACACUUUUACAAAGGUAUCAUGGGCGGUACCUUGCUGGCAUGAGCUCACAUAGACAACAAGGGGUAGUUUAGUCAUAUUGAUAGAAGAUUUAAAGCUUUCUGAUCUCAACAUCGUUCGCGCAGC